CUAGCGCGGUUUAACAAAACUAAACAAAACUCCGAACUUUUAAUGACUAAAACAAGAAAGAAGAAAUUCCUACCAAGAAAAAUGGGCCGUUCCUGACGACUUGGGGUCUGUGACUGACUGCUAGCUAGGACACUACAAGACGCACCAACUUUACACAUGUUUACUGAAGUUGUAGGUUGUUAACAUUGAACAGAAGCAUUGGAAGACGUAUUUUUAAACUUUGAAACCCUAAGUAACUGGGUGUAUCACUUUAAGUCCGCCUUUUAAUUAUGGUAGCCUGUUGACCAGCGUAGACGAUAAAACACGUUUUGACGGUUGCCUACCAGCGUGCCUGAGGGCAGCUCCGUUGCGAUGGGCAACCGCGGGAUGGAGGAGUUGAUCCCGCUGGUCAACCGCCUCCAGGAUGCACUCAGCACCGUCGGCCAGAGCUGCAACCUCAAUCUGCCGCAGAUCGCUGUCGUGGGCGGCCAGAGCGCAGGAAAGUCCUCCGUCCUGGAAAAUUUCGUGGGCAGGGACUUCCUUCCCCGGGGUCAAGGAAUUGUCACACGCAGACCUUUAAUCCUCCAGCUAGUUAGUGCUAGCACAGAAUAUGGUGAGUUUCUGCAUUGUAAAGGGAAGAAAUUCACAGACUUUGAUGAGGUCCGCAAGGAGAUAGAGACAGAGACACAGAGACUCACAGGAUCUAACAAGGGCAUCUCUCCUGUACCUAUCAACUUAAGGAUCUACUCACCACAUGUGCUAAACCUUACUCUUGUGGACCUGCCUGGCAUCACCAAGGUGCCAGUGGGUGACCAGCCAGCAGACAUAGAGUACCAGGUGCGAGACAUAAUUAUGCAGUUCAUCUGUAAGGACAACUGUCUGGUCCUGGCUGUCACACCGGCCAACACUGACCUGGCCAAUUCUGAUGCCCUGAAACUGGCCAAAGAUGUCGACCCACAGGGCCAGCGCACCAUUGGUGUAAUCACUAAGUUGGACCUGAUGGAUAAAGGGACAGAUGCCCGGGAUAUACUGGAGAACAGGUUGCUUCCCCUUCGCAGAGGUUAUAUUGGGGUGGUGAACCGCAGUCAGAAGGACAUUAAUGGGAAAAAAGACAUUAAAUCAGCUCUGCUUGCAGAGAAAAAAUUCUUCUUGUCCCAUCCGGCCUAUAGACACAUGGCUGAGAAAAUGGGCACACUGCAUCUACAAAAAGUCCUCAGUCAGCAACUGACCAAUCACAUCCGGGACACUCUGCCAGCCUUCCGCAGUCAUCUGCACAGCCAGCUCCUAGCCCUGGACAAAGAGGCAGAAGAGUUCAGACAUUACAGUCCUAAUGACCCUGCACGCAAGACUAAGGCAAUGCUACAGUUGAUUCAGCGUUUCUCCGUUGACUUUGAGAAGCUCAUUGAGGGCUCAGGUGACAAAGUUGAUACUGAUGAACUAUCAGGAGGUGCAAGGAUCAACCGAAUCUUCCAUGAACGGUUCCCCUAUGAAUUGGUUAAGAUUAAGUGUGAUGAGAGGGAGCUGCGACGAGAGAUUACCUAUGCUAUCAAAAACAUUCACGGCAUCAGGACAGGUCUGUUCACUCCUGACAUGGCCUUUGAAAGCAUCGUGAAAAGACAAAUAGUGAAGCUUAAGGGGCCCUGCGUUAAAUGUGUUGACUUGGUCGUUCAAGAACUCAUCACCACUGUGUGUCAGUGUACCAACAAGCUUAGUUCAUUUCCCAAACUGAGAGAAGAAACUGAGAGACUUGUGACCACAGAAAUCCGGGAACAAGAGAGUAAAUGCAGAGACCAGAUCUUGUUGCUCAUUGACAUACAGCUUGCCUACAUAAACACCAACCAUGAGGAUUUCAUUGGCUUCAAUAAUGUCCAGCAAAAAAGUAACCACAGCAAUAAGAAGAGUGCAUCAGGACUGGCCAGAAACCAGGGUGUGGCUCCUCCAUCAAGUCUAAUAGUCAUCCGCAAGGGCUGGCUGACCAUCAGCAACAUCAGCAUCAUCAAAGGUGGAGCCAAAGAGUACUGGUUCAUCCUCACUGCAGAGAGCCUGUCCUGGUUUAAGGAUGAUGAGGAGAAAGAGAAGAAGUACAUGCUUCCUCUGGAUAACUUGAAGCUGAGAGAUGUGGAGAAAAGCUUCAUGUCCAGCAAAUACGUGUUUGCCGUCUUCAACACAGAGCUCAGGAACGUGUAUAAGGACUACAGGUUCCUGGAGCUGGCCUGUAACUCGCAGGAGGAGGUGGACAGCUGGAAGGCUUCUUUGCUGCGGGCUGGAGUCUACCCUGAGAAAGUCACUGAGGAUGAGCAGGGGAAUGAAUCUGCGGAAAGCUUCCUCUUGGACCCCCAGCUGGGACGCCAGGUGGAGACCAUUCGUAACCUGGUCGACUCCUACAUGAAUAUUGUCUGCAAGACUAUCAGAGAUCUCAUGCCAAAGGCUAUCAUGCACCUUAUGAUCAACAAUGUGAAGGAAUUCAUUGGUUCUGAGCUGCUGGCCCAGCUCUAUGCUCUGGGAGAAACCUCAGUGCUAAUGGAUGAGUCACCAGAGCAGGAGCAGCGUAGAGAGGAGGUGCUACGCACACACACUGCCUUGAAGGAGGCGCUUGCUAUCAUCGGAGAUAUCUCCACUUCCACCUGCUCCACCCCUCUGCCCCCACCUGUAAACUCCUCCCGGAUACAGGCCUGCAGGGUCACUUCUGCAUCCAACCCCACGCCCCACAAAAAGACACUCACUGCGCCCACAUCAUCGACUCGUGGCCCUGCCCCUAUAGCUCCUCGGGCGCCCACUCACUCUGGACCACCUCCUUCCUCUGGUGCUGAUGGCCUUCAGCAACCCGCCAGCCAACCCGGCCGUGUCCCUCCCAGUGUGCCAAGGAGGCAGCCCCCAAGUAUCCCUGCUGUAAAACCGCAUUGAUGGCUGUAAUUUCUGCUCACAACUCCAUUACCCAACUACCCAGCGACCAUCCCAGCUGCAGCUGACUGCUACCCACAGAGGCCAAUGAGCUGCAUGAUGUGUAAUCCAGCUGCAGCGCUGUACGCUGGGCUCCCCUCUGCCUCCUCAGGGAGCCGCUGUCUGCAGAACUCACUCAAUCCAGAGCCUGUUUUGUACAUAAUGUUAUUGUCCAUAAAUGCUGGAAUGUGCCUAGCUGUCUGCCGAGUUGUCUCAAGAGCCUGAGCUUUGUGUAAAUAAAAAUGCCAGUUUUAGUACUCCUACAUAGAGAAAAUAUACUCCAUUUGUACUGUUUUUG